AUGGCCAGAGGCCUGGGGGGCCCCCACUGGGUGGCCGUGGGACUGCUGACCUGGGCGGCCUUGGGGCUACUGGUGGCCGGACACGGGGGUCAUGGCGACCUGCACGACGACCUGCACGAGGAUUUCCAUGGGCACAGCCACGGUCACUCACAUGAGGAUUUACAUCAUGGACACAGCCAUGCCCAUGGCCAUGGCCACACUCACGAGAGCAUCUGGCAUGGGCAUACCUACGGUCACGACCAUGGACAUUCACAUGAGGAUUUGCACCAUGGCCAUAGCCAUGGCCACUCCCAUGAGAGCCUCUACCACCAAGGACAUGAGCAUAGCCAUGGAGGCUAUGGGGAGUCUGGGGCUCCAGGCAUCAAGCAGGACCUGGACACUGUCGCUCUUUGGGCCUAUGCACUUGGGGCCACAGUGCUGAUCUCUGCAGCUCCAUUUUUCGUUCUCUUCCUUAUCCCGGUGGAGUCAAACUCCCCCCGGCAUCGCUCUCUGCUCCAGAUCUUGCUCAGUUUUGCUUCAGGAGGGCUUCUGGGAGAUGCCUUUCUGCACCUCAUCCCUCAUGCUCUGGAGCCUCAUUCUCACCACCACGUGGAACAGCCAUUGGGACAUGGACACUCUCACAGUGGCCAGGGCCCCAUUCUCUAUGUGGGGCUGUGGGUCCUCAGUGGAAUUGUUGCCUUUCUUGUGGUGGAGAAAUUUGUAAGACAUGUGAAAGGAGGACAUGGACAUGGACACACUCACGGUCACACACAUGGAAGUCAUGGCCAUGGAAGACAGGAGCCUUCUUCAAAGGGAAAGCAGAAUUCAGAGGAAGAAGAAAAGGAUACAGGGGGGGUACGGAAGAGAAAAGGAGGGAGCAUAGGGCCCAAAGAUGGGCCAGGGAGACCUCAGAACUCUGGAGAGGAAACAACAGGCUCAGACCUACGUGUAUCGGGGUACCUGAAUCUGGCUGCUGACCUGGCACACAAUUUCACGGAUGGUCUGGCAAUUGGUGCUUCAUUUCGAGGAGGCCGGGGACUGGGGAUCCUGACCACGUUGACUGUCCUGCUACAUGAAGUACCCCAUGAAGUUGGGGACUUUGCCAUCUUGGUCCAGUCUGGCUGCAGCAAAAAGCAGGCGAUGCGUCUACAGUUGGUGACAGCAAUAGGGGCACUGGUGGGCACAGCCUGUGCCCUGCUAACUGAAGGAGGGACAGUGGGCAGUGAAGUUUCAGGCAGUACAGGUCCUGGCUGGGUGCUGCCAUUCACUGCAGGUGGCUUCAUCUAUGUGGCAACCGUGUCUGUGUUGCCUGAGCUGUUAAGGGAAGCAUCACCACUGCAGUCACUUUUGGAGGUGUUAGGGCUGCUGGGGGGAGUUGUCAUGAUGGUGCUGAUUGCCCACCUAGAGUGA